AUGACUGGAGGCAAGUCUGGAGGCAAAGCCAGUGGCAGCAAGAACGCGCAAUCCCGUUCGUCCAAGGCCGGUCUCGCGUUCCCCGUUGGACGUGUUCACCGUUUGCUUCGUAAGGGCAACUACGCUCAGCGUGUUGGUGCUGGCGCACCUGUUUACCUCGCCGCUGUCCUUGAGUAUCUCGCCGCCGAAAUUCUUGAGUUGGCCGGCAAUGCUGCUCGUGAUAACAAGAAGACCCGUAUCAUUCCCCGUCAUCUCCAGCUCGCCAUUCGUAACGAUGAGGAGUUGAACAAGCUGCUGGGUCACGUCACCAUCGCCCAGGGUGGUGUUCUGCCUAACAUCCACCAAAACCUUCUUCCCAAGAAGACCCCCAAGAGCGGAAAGGGUCCUAGCCAGGAGCUGUGA